AUGGAUGCGCAGAAUGCUGCCGGGUCCGACAAGCCGAAGCCCGUCGCUGCUGCGGAGAAGCGACCGGGCAGUCACCAGCCUGACGAGUCCAGAGAGUCAACCGAGUCCAACAGCAAACCUGCAAAGGCUGCGGACGAGUCCAUCAAAUCUCCGCCUCAUCUGCCCAAGGACAUCAAGUCUAGCGUAAUCGUAUCGCGCGCUCCCCCCGCCGCCGACGACGCUCCUGCCGACCGAGACUCGGAUGCCGAAACCAUCGUGUUGCCUGGUAAGGAUGGUCACUCGCCCUCCAAGGUGAGGAAGGUAAAGCACGAGGAUCGCAGCGAUGGAGAGCCCCCGCCCCCCCCGCUCCUCCGCAAAAUCCGUGAUGCCAGUGCUAGCAGAGACGGCGACAAAGAGAAGAUGGCCGAUCCUCCCCGCCUGUCCGAAAUGGCCUCCUCGCUCGGGUUGAAGAAGAAACGCAUCCACGAUCAAUCCGUGAGGAGCAAAGACGGUUCCAGUGGCCUCAGCUCGGCUCCAACCUCGCCUCCCCACCACAUGCGUCGACCUGGUGGGCACUCCGACACCGACACGGGUGCUGACCGUAGGAAAUCCCCCAAGCUGUCUAUGAAAGACCGCGCCAAGUCCACCGAUAGGACGAUACCCCACAAACGCAAAGCUCCCAGGGCAGACUCGGAGGACGAGGCGGAAAAUCGAAAGGCCCGACGGCAACGCAUCAUCGCGGACCACAACAGUGGCGUCGAAUCUCGCGCGAACCGCCUGUCCAAGGAGCCAAAGUCCUCCUCUUCAUCCAAGAGGGAACACGACGGCCACUCAAGCUCACGCACCAGAUCCGUAUCUCCCCACCAGCCACGUGCCCACCGGCGGAGCGUUUCGACGCAGCUGCCUGCAAACUCUUCCAAUGGCCUGAGUCACAAGAAGAAGCGCUUGCCUCCCCCUCUGCAAUCAACUGAUUACCAUUCCGACGAGUCCUCUGCCAGCGGCAGCCCUCAUCCUCGGAGCUCCAAGCUUCGCAACCUUUCCACGCCCGCCACCGCUGAGUCAAACAUGUCACCCGCCAAGAUUGCGCCGCACAAGAAGCACCUCGACGCACACGGCCAAACUUUCCUUGCCAGAGCGUGUGCUAGAGGCGAAUACGACCUUGCUAAGCAGAGACUGGGGGAGCGACCCGAAGACCUCAACGUAGCUGAUUACGCUGGCAACACGCCACUGCAGAUCGCUGCGAUUAAUGGUUACGAGGAUAUCGUGAAGCUCCUCAUCGACGCCGGCUGCAACCUGGACUGCGUGAACUACGACAAGGACACACCGUUGCUGGACGCCGUCGACAAUGGUCAUUUGGGAGUGGUAAAAAUGCUCCUCAAUGCCGGAGUCAAUCCUCGGAAGGCCAACUUGAGUGGCGAAGAACCUUUGGAUCGAGUAAGCGAUGAACUGGAGAACGCAGAAGAGUUCCGGGCUGCGCUCGUCGAAGCAAAAUCCAGACAGGGUGAUAGAAGGCGCACAUCCGAGGACCACCAUCAGACCGACCACCCCGACAGUCGAUCCUCUCACGGGCCAGACAGCCCUCGACGAUCACCGGCACCCUCGGCUGCUCACGCAAGUGGGCGUCGGGCCGGUACUGUAAGGGCAAACAAAACGAGCAACCACUUACUGUAUAUGUCACUAGACGACAAGACACUUCGACAAGCUGCUGGCAAGGGAGACGAGGAGACUGUGACACGGAUUCUGCAGGUCAAGGAUGGUUGCGACGAUUCGGAAGCCAUGGUUGCGGCUGCUCGAGGUGGCCACGAGGUGGUUAUUCAGCUCCUGCUCGCAUUGGGCGGCGCAAACCCAGAUCCUGCUCCCGUCUCGAGCAUGCCGCCCGAGUUUGCAACACCCAUGCUGGCCGCGAUUGGUCAAGAAAACAUCAAGGUUGUUAGAUUGCUCUUGGAUCAGGGCAACUUCGACCCGACGCGGCGGUUCAAAGGCGAGACAUACUACGAGAUUGCCCGACGCCGACAAGGAACGAACUGGAAGGACGAGGAGCACAUGCUCAAGGAAGCUUACGAUGCGUACCGAAAGUCGCAUCGCGACAUCGCCAAGACGAAAUCUCCGAACAGGCGCGAGCGUGAAAAAGAGCGCGAAAGGGAGCGGGAAAGGGAACAAGACCGUGAGACGAAGCGCCAGGGCCGCAACGAACUCAAAGACGAAGCUCGGCCACACAAGCGCAACCUUUCUAGCCCCCCACGCGAUCCGGAGAAGAGGAAAAAACUCUCCACUCGAAACGUCACCAGUCCGAAAGAAAAGCGACGGGCUGACUCCUUCCACGACGACCAGGCUUCACCAAAGCGUGGUCCUGGCAGACCUAGAAAAGAGGACCGAUUGCCAACGAUCGCCGUAUCAGACCGAGAGGCAUCCCCCGCACUAUCGCAGAAGCAAUCAGUCAAAUCUGUGAAACGAGCAGAAUCCGACGUUGCUGCCAUGUCGUCUGAAGGGGAGGCUGCCAAACCUCGUCGGAAGUUGGUCUCCAAGGGGGAACUCCGCGGUGAGAGAGAGAAAAAUCGACGCGCUAGUAUGGUGUCCACCACUUCAUCCAUUAAGGACCCUUCAAGCCCUCGCGACCCCAAGCACGACGACCAUCCCGAGAAGCCAAAGGGUGAGCCCCUGUCAGAAAAGUACCACGAUCGCACCAAGGCUCUCAAGAGGGACGAGUCUAGAGACCGGCUUUCUGUUUCAGGCGACAACUCUUCCAAGAGACACCGGUCCAGCGUCACUCCGCCCCAUUCGAGCAUGGGCGAUAAAGACGAGGGCGAAGCUCCCGUGAAGCGAAGGCGACUCGAUAUCGACGGCAAAGAGCGACGACCAAAGUCGACAGCAUCUCCCGACGACCCCCACCGAGCUUCUCGCGACGCCCCCCUGCGAUCUAAGUCAAGUUUGAGGGAUCAGGAUGACAGCGAUCGCAGACCGUUCAAACCCAAGGCCGACCCUGAAGGUCACAGAAGGGAGUCCGGCAAGUCCAGCAACAGCGAUAAGUCCAGCAUUCACGUCAAGUCUGAGGAUGUUGACACGGAUAUGCCUGAUGCGUCAGAAGUGAAAGACACGAUUGAAGCGGAUUCGCGUCUGAAGAAAGACCGUGAAGAAGAGAAGAGACGCCUGGAAGAGAAAGAAAGGCGACGGGAGGAGAAGCGUCAGGAGGAGAGGAAGCGCCGGGAGGCCGAGGCGGAGGAAGCUCGCAAGAAGGAAGAAGAACGCCGACAGCGGGAGGCGGAGGAGAAGAAACGAGAAGCCGAGCAGAAGCGGCUGAGAGAGGAAGAGGAGGUCAAGCAACGCGAGGAGCAGGAACGCAAGCGUAAGAUUGAGCUGGAAAAGAAGCGGCAGGAAGAGGAGCUGCGGCAACGGCGCGAGGCCGAAGAGAAGAAAAGACGCGAAGAGGAGGAAAAACGGCUUCGCGAGGAGGAGGAAAAGAAGCGGCGCGAAGAGGAGCUGAAGAGAAAGGAAGAGGAAGCCCGGAAGCAGCGGGAGGAAGAGGAAAGGCUUCGUAAAGAACAGCUGGAGCGCGAGGCUGCUGAAGAAGCGCGUCGUCUCCGGGAAGAGGAGGAGCGCAAGGAGCGUGAACGAAAGGAACGUCUCCAUCGCGAGGAGAUGGAACGCAAGCGGGUUGCCAGAGAAGCCGAGCAGCGCCGGAUCCUCGAGGAACAAGAGCGUUUACGUUUGGCAAAGCUACCUCCUCUGUUACGCUGGUUGGACAGUUGCCCCAACCCCAAGACUCCCGAAUUUGCGGCCAAGUUCAAGCACAUGCAGGGGGUGCGGUACGACACCAUACGCCCGGAAGCUACCGGCACGGCCGAUGGCCGAGAGCAGUGGGUGCUCAACACUCAUGUUGCGCUGCUUCUUGGAGAAAAGGAUCUCGCCUUAUCAAGAUACACUGCUUGGGAACACAUCCCCGUCUCGGAUGUCGCCAAAAAGGUUAUCUGGAGACUCGAGUCAGACCGGUAUGCCCUGAUCAGCGAGGGCCUCUACGAGCUCGGAGCCGGUUUAUCGGAUUACUACGGCGAAGGCCAGGGCCCCUUUAAAAUGAGCUACCGCACGAAGGAAAGGCUCCGUGGCGAAGCAAGGGAGAAGUUCCUGAAGUUGGACAUGUUCUUUGUCAAGGUGUCGGACUUGAUGUUCAUUGUUCCGAGUAUCCCUCACCUCCGGAGUCUCAAAAUGAGCGUCGAGUAUCGCGAGCUCCCAGAGGAUGAAGGCCAACUUUACGGAUGGAAGGUCCCGCAAAAGUGGAAGGAAGAUCCGGACGCUGACCGAUUUUAUGGAUUCGCGCCGAGGAACAAAUAUUACAUCGACGGUGUCAUGGUCGAGGAGCAAAAGCCCGGAAUGUCUGCCACAAGUAACACUCCCUUUCCCGAGAAACGGGUCCCUCGAAAGGGAUUGCAGCAGGUUUUCCCGGGCGACCCCGACUAUGCUCGCGUUUGCAAAGAACAGGGGCUGGAGCACCUCUUGAACGGCACGAACCCCCCGGCGGCGCUGCCUAAUGGCGGGCAUUUGUCGCCGAGAAGCCAGUCGAAUGCUACGGAGUCAUCGGUCGAGCCGUCGAAUGGCUCCCAAGCUCUUGUUCCUGGCCCGGCGCCCGUGCCGGCGCCCGCUCCUGUACCAGUAUCGACUGAGCCCAAGCUUUUACCGAACGGAGUUAACGGCGUCUCAGUUUUGGAUUCCAACUGA